UACCCUGAGUUAAUGGGGCAUUUCGCAGACGGAACAAGAGCAAAUAAUGAAAGAACCCCAUCUGUAGGUCAUGAGCAAAUCACUUUGUUGCCAUGAGCAAAUCCCACUUUGUUGCGAUGAGCAAAUAACGCAAAAUUGAUUUCCUUCUGUGCUUUAUUUACUUUCGUUUUGAUGCCUUCACUUCUCGCCACCUUUCUGUGCAUUUUUAUGCUCUCAACCUUAUCAUUGUUUGUAUAUUUUUAUAUUUUUGCAUCACAGAAAAUUCAUUUGCACUCGCAUUUGUGUUUUGCAGUUCGAGUGGCGCAGGUCUCGCGUUGUUUUUAUUUUUAGCGCGAAAUUACGAAAUUUUCUCACUUUUUGAUUGUGUUAUUAAUUAGUUAUUGAAAAUGCGCCUAAGUCGAAUGCGAUGCUUCCCAGGCGUUUUCAGCGUCUGUAGGAUGAGCAAUGCGGGAAUCGACGGAGGAGGAGGAGGAGGAGGAGGCGGCGGAGGAUCAGGAUCAGGAUCGACAGCAGUGCCACCCACAACGCCACCACCCACUGGCCAUGGAUCCACUCGUCGCCUGAGCCACUUGACUGGCAGUAGCCGUUCGGGAGGAGCCGCCGCCAUGGGCAAUGUGGUGGGCUGGCUGAAGCAGGCUUCCAUUGAAGUGCGCGACGCCGGCACACGAACUUUGUCGAUGCUGCAGAGCAGCAAUCCCAACUUUCGAUCGUUGGACCUAUCUCUGGGCACGCCCACACCCACUACUCCCACCUCGAGCGAAGUUCCAGUUGCUCCGGCCAGUGCCACCGCCUCGUUGAGUGGUUCCACAUUACAAUUCGGACCGGAGGACCCUGACGAAGCAGCCGCAGUCGGAGGAAGUCAGUCGCUGACGCCACUGGAUGCCAGGGAACUCUUGACGAGACCCACACGCGCCUACGCCUCCGUCAGCCAGCCCCAGAGUCCUAGACAUCGAGGCUCCGGAUCGGGUUCCGUUUCCGGAUCGCGAAUAAUCACACACGGCUUGACCGGACGAUCCACAUCGAUUUCCUCGCAGCUGGAGAAGACCAAGAAGCUGCUGAAAAUGACCGAGGGCGAGGAUAAGCCGCUGACCAUUCUGCACUACAACGAUGUCUACAACAUUGAGUCCAUGGCGGAAACGGAGCCGGUGGGCGGAGCAGCCCGAUUUGCCACGGCCAUCAAGAGUUUUGCACAUCUGAAUCCCCUCGUGCUCUUCAGUGGCGAUGCCUUCUCACCCAGCAUGUUGAGCACCUUUACCCAAGGCGAACAAAUGAUUCCCGUGCUCAAUACGGUGGGCACCCACUGUGCCGUCUUUGGUAACCAUGAUUUUGAUCACGGUCUGGAUGUGCUGGUGAAUCUGAUCAAGCAGACAGACUUCCCUUGGCUCAUGUCCAAUGUGGUUGACAACGAAACAGGUCGUCCUUUAGGCGGUGGCAAGAUAUCGCACUUCAUUCUCCACAAUCAGAUCUCCAUUGGAUUGAUAGGCCUGGUGGAGCGGGAGUGGCUUGAGACCCUGCCGACCAUCGAUCCCAAUGAGGUGACCUACAUCGACUACGUGGAGGCUGGAAAUAAGCUUGCGCGCGAGCUGAGAAACGAGGGUUGUGACCUCAUCAUUGCCCUGACCCACAUGCGAACCCCCAACGACAUUAAUCUGGCCGAGAAGUGCGACGGCAUCGACAUUAUCCUUGGCGGUCAUGACCACGUUCGCGAGGUGACCGAAAUCAAUGGGAAGAUGAUUGUCAAAUCGGGCACGGACUUCCAGCAGUUUUCGGUAAUCACCAUCGAUCGGGAUGCCGCCAAUCGGGAGCACUUCACCACCGACGUCAAGUGCUUCGAUGUGACGGCCAAGAUUCCGGAGGAUCCGGAGCUGAAGCAGGAGCUCUCCAAAUAUUCCAAGUUCAUCGAGAGCAAGUUGUCCGACGUGAUGGGAGUAUUCAGCGUGGAGCUGGACGGUCGCUUCUCACGGGUGCGAACCCAGGAAACGAAUCUGGGCAACUGGGUGUGCGACGUGGUGCUGGCCGCCGUUGGAGCCGAUGUGGUCAUCUUAAAUGGAGGCACCUUCCGCUCGGAUCGUGUUCAUCCGGUGGGCGCCUUCACCAUGGGUGACCUGGUUAAUGUCAUCCCCAUGCGGGAUCCCCUGAUCCUGCUCGAGGUCAAAGGUCAAGUGCUGUGGAAGGCGCUGGAGAACGGCGUGUCAGCCUAUCCAAAGCUGGAGGGUCGCUUUCCCCAAGUGGCUGGCAUCAGCUUUGCCUUCAAUCCGCAGGCGGAGCCCGGCAAGCGUAUUGAUCCGCAACUUAUCCAGGUGGGCGACGAAUACCUCAACCUGGAGCAGAAGUACAAGCUGUGCGUCAAGAGCUACAUCUUCAUGGGAUGCGAUGGCUAUACCAUGUUCAAGGAUGCCACUGUUCUGAUGGAUGACGAUGCCUGUCCCGAGUUGGGAAUUACACUACAGAAUCACUUCAAAGCGAUUAACUCGCGAAAGUGUGGUCAAAACACAAAGCACCGGCAGUCGCUGGUCACACUUUCCCGAAGGCAUAGCCUGGUGCAGUGCCUCGACAGCAUGGAUCUGGAUGGACCCUCACCUAUCCGUAAACUAUCCGUGGGUCAUCACAACAAGUCGAUGGACCUGACGCAUGGAAAUUCCCAGAAGAUGCUGCGACGUGCCUCCUUGGAUGACCUGGAGCAGUCCACCUGCGACUUGGCGCCACAACUGGAGCACCGCAUUGUUAUGAUACAAAACGAAGAGCAUCAACGACAGCUUCUGUUUAAAAAGGAAACGCACAUCAUGAACUCCACGAUCACCGAGGCUGAGGACGAUUACAAGAAAAUAAGACAACUUGAGUUAGGGGCAGGUUCCGAUAUGGAGAGAAAUAUUUGAGUAGCAAUUAGGCAAUGCAAAGAGAAGAUAUACCCGUUAGCUAGUUAGUUAGUUGGCAGGUCUUUGGGAUCGUGCCCUAUAUUUAUUACUGUUUAUUGUUACCGCUCUUCUGUUUUUUUGGCUAAGUUACGUUGUGAACGUUUGUAAGACUUCCCCAGAUAUGUAUGAACUUGAUAUUGAUAUUGUAUAUGAUGUAUGUGUAUGUAGUGAGUACGUGUACCUAAAGCUUACCACUAGUUUAAUUUACUUUUAAUUAGAUAAACUGAUUUACACAACCAACUGAUUAUUAUAUUGUAAUUACUGAGCAGCUCUUAUGUUUUGUGAUCUAGAUAAAAAGAGUUUGAGCCGAGCUUUGAGAUUCCCUAGAUAUUCCAAAAUAGUUGUUUAAAAAAACCAAGUCCACAAAACGCAAUCAAACACUAUAGGUUGUAUGCAAAACACUGGACGACGACGAGGAGCACUAGCAAACUCAAGAGGCAAGCAGAUGUAAAGUGAAUGUAAAGCAAUAUUUUAGACAAGGCACCUAAAUUUUGAAUUUCAAAAUAGGACAUAUAUAUUUUUAUGGACACUUUUGAAGCGCUUGAACACAGCAGAACAUAUUAUUUUUAGAGUACUCAAACCGUGCAACACUCAUGGAUUAAUGCUUUAAUCUUAAAUAGUUCCUUGAACUUGCACACCACCAACACGAGAUGCAACAAAAGCCGGAGUGUAUUUUUGUCCAUAGGAGAGCAAUCUGAUUGCGAAUAACUGACGACCAACCGGAAAUCAGAACAAAAGCGAAUACAAAGGCAGCAGCUACCCACUCAAUUACACAAAGUUAAACAAUAAGUAGAGGAAGGCACAUAUAUGUACUCCAUGCUUAACUGAUUGUCCAUGCUUAGAACGUACAGUUAACUAAAGUGAACAAUAUGCAGGCUCAAAAUGCACCUGAUUAUUAAAAUUAUAAAGGACCCAUAUAUAUAGAUAUCGUACAUCUUUCGACCUUCUUCCACGCCCUGCAGCGGGUCAUCCUUCUACACUUUUAAACUAUUUUGGCAAUGGGCCAUUAGCCCGUAGAAUAACGCAUUUUGUGUAUAUUGAACGAAGUAAAUUGAUUUAUGUAAACAUUUAUUAAAUACAUAAACUAUA